AUUUUUUAAACGACGUAAAAACGGUUUGUUUUAUAAAAAUUUAAUAUAUUUUUGCAUAAUUAACUGACAUAAUGUCGCGUAAUUACAGAAAAUUAUAAAUUCUGUCCAAAAAAGGGAUUUUUAAAUAAAAUACUUCAAGAAAGACGCAUGUAAACAAAACAACAAGCAGCUAAAAACAACGCACAGGACGUUAAGAGGUUAUAAAAGACACUUCGUCAGUACUGAUUUGUCAGUGACAGCGGUGACAGCGAUAGUGUCAGUACAUAAAAUGGCGCCAUUGAUGUCGGUCAUUUCUUUCCUUGCAUCGUUACUUUUGACACCUUUCCUUAUGUUUUUACUUGCCAUUAUAUUUCUCGCAUCAAUUGGAAAAUCUCUUGGUGUCCGAAAAGUUUAUGUAAAAUUACUUUUGACACUUUUCGAGUUUGGAAGACAAAAUAUUGAAAUAGAAAAAAAACGAAAUGGUACUUGGCAUAUCGAGGAAGAUGACAGUGAAGAUGAAGGUGGAGGGACACCGACAUCACAAAAUAAUCACAAUUCCUGCAAUAGUAAACAAAAAGGUGAGAAAACAAAGAAUGGAGUUGUUGGAAGUUUCGUGAUUGCCCGAUCCAAGGAUUUGAUUUUGGUACCAGAACCAGAAGUACAAAAUCAUAAGGAACAACUGGAGAAUGAGGAGCGCAAUAAAACAGAUGAACAACAUUUAAAUACUGGCGAAAAUAAAGAGGUAUCGCUGACAAGUCCAAAGUCUUUUGAUACACUUAAAAGAGAAUUCGAACCGGCAAGUUGCCUCGAUUACAUCAGAGCAGGAGUAGAGGCCAUUAUCGAGGACGGAGUGACUUCGAGAUUCGAAGCCGAGGAAUUGAAGAGUUGGAAUCUUUUGACAAGGACAAAUAGACGUUAUGAGUUUAUAUCAUGGAAACUUACGGUUAUUUGGAUGUUUGGAUUUUUUAUGAGAUACUGUUUUCUUCUUCCUUUGAGAAUAUUCAUCUGUUUUAUUGGGGUAUUUUUCCUUAUAAUAUCAACUUUUUCUAUUGGAUUUUUGCCAAAUGGUUCAUUAAAACGUAAGGCGAACAAUUUUGCUAAUUUAGUCACAUUCAGAUUAGUGGCUAGAUCAAUGUCUAGUGUGAUAACAAUUCAUAAUGAUGAGAACAUGCCGAAAUCUGGCGGAAUUUGUGUUGCAAAUCACACAUCCACUUUUGAUGUGGCUGUUUUGUCCACGCAAACAACUUUUUGUUUGAUAGGACAAAGGCAUGGUGGUUUUCUCGGUAUUUUGCAACGAGCAUUGGCCCGAGCGUCGCCUCACAUUUGGUUCGAACGUUCAGAAGUAAAAGAUCGAGAAGCAGUGACAAGAAGAUUAAAGAAGCACGUGUCCGAUCCAACCAAUCCACCAAUACUUAUUUUCCCUGAAGGAACAUGUAUCAAUAAUACUUCAGUGAUGCAGUUUAAGAAAGGAAGUUUCGAAGUUGGUGGCGUUAUUUAUCCAGUAGCCAUUAAGUAUGAUCCAAGAUUUGGAGAUGCUUUUUGGAAUAGUAGUCGGUAUUCCAUGAUACAAUACCUUUAUAUGAUGAUGUCUAGCUGGGCAAUUGUUUGCGAUGUUUGGUAUCUUCCUCCAAUGUACAGGAACGAGGACGAAAGUUCUAUUGAUUUCGCGAACAGAGUAAAAUCCGUAAUUGCAAGACAAGGCGGACUCGUUGAUCUUCAAUGGGACGGUCAAUUAAAAAGGAUAAAGCCAAAGAAAGAAUGGAGGGAGAAACAACAAGAAGAAUUUAGUAAGAGAUUAAAGGUAGAAUAAGUAAUUAGUGAACCUCUAGUCCAAAUCUCAUCACUUCACGAAACUCGAAAACUUCUUUUGUUUUAUUUGCUUUUACAUAUUUAUUAUUAUCACAACUGCGUCGUUUGUACAAAAUAUUUCUUCAUAAUUAACUAAUACUAUUUUUAUUAUUAUUAUUAUUAUUAUUAUUAACUUAAACUUUAACUGUACAGUAAGCUUCCUCAAUAGUUUGAAUUUUUUUCUAAUUUCAAUUACCCCAUUUUUCAUUGUUCAGUACGUAUGUUAAAAAACAACUGGACUCAGAGACUUUGUACAUAAAAAUAUGAACUUUACUUUACAUAAUAAGACUUUGUGAACGCAUUCAAGUACCCCUAGUUAAUUGUUUCGAUGAAUUUUCAUUUAAUUUACUUUCAUCAGAUUUUGAUUAUUGUUUCUUGACCAAUUAUUUUUAUAAAUAAUUAUUUCAAGCGAUGUAUGUGAUAUUUAUGUAAUGGGUGUACAUAUUUUUUAUGUGUAUAAUUUAAUAUUGAGAUAGUCAUUUAGUUUACAGUUGAAAGUUUAAUGAGAAAACUUGGAAAGAUUUCAAAAAAUACAAAUUUAUUUAUCUUUUUUUUUUAAUUCGAAAUCUUUCUGAAUCUUUCUAAAUUUUCGGCAUUAAAUUUUUAUCUGAGAUUAAACGACUUUAAGAAUAGAAUAUUAGUUUAACGAGAAGAAAUAAUUUGGCUUUAGCACAAAAGUGCUUUUUUAAAUAUUAAGUUGUAAAUGAUUUUUGAGAAUCCGGUGCUUGGAUUCAUUUAUUAACUUAGUAAGAGUAACGUCUUUGAGAUUCACUGUAUUUUGUGAAUAUUAGAAGCACUUUAUGUAAAUAGAGAAUUAUCACGUGUGUGAUAGAAAAGUGUUAGUGUGACGGUAUAAGAAAUAAUUUAAGGAAUUUAGAAAUAUAGUUAUUUAUUUUUAUCGAGUCCAUGAAACAUUUAAUUAGGAUUUAUUGAAAGUUCUUUAACUGCAUCUUCGUUACCAUCGAGCCAAAAAUUAAAUUUCAAUUUUUAUCUCACUUGUUCAUCAUAGAUUUUUUUUAAAUAUAUCUAUGAAAAAUUAUUCCAAAUCUUACAUAAUCUUAAAUGUCAAUUAAGUAUAAACGUAUAUUGUAUUUCUUAAUAUGAAAGUCAAGUGUCAAAAUAUUAAUAAUGAAAUAAUAUUUAAAUGAUGACGGCUUUUUCUGUGAAAAAGAUUGUCGAUUUUUAAAUUGUUAAUUAAUCAUUCAUCUUUGUUAAUUUUUGUACAACGUGCCUUUCUUUCAUGUGUCAUUUAAAAUGUAUGAGAAAUUACAAAAAAUCAAAUAUGUUUACAUUAAGUUUAAUCAUUUUAGGAAAUUAAUUUAUUAGAAGAAUUUAUUAAAAAAUUGAAUGUUUAAAAAUGUAUGAAAUUAAAUUAAAUAAGACUAAUUAUAACAAUAUAUUCCAAUUUAUAUAAACAUACAAUUAUUAUUCUAAAAACAUAUUCAUGUUUAUAAUUCUAAAUAUAUUUUCAAAUUUAAUAAAUUCUUUAAAUUGGAUAAUUAUUUGAAGCAAAUUAACAACAAAAAAGUUCAAAAUUUCUAAAAGGCUGGUUCCUUUAUCUCAAAAAAGUAAAAAAUAAAAAAUUCUCUUUCAUUAAGUGCUCGAUAAAUAAACAGGAAUAUUUUUAUAAAAAGAAGUUAGUUGCAAUAGAAAUUACAAAAAAGAAAAAAAAAUAUGGUGAAAAUGUUUUUCGUACUUAUGUCAUUUUCUAAAAAAAAUGUAUUAUAUUAAAAUUUAAUUUGAUUUUUUCUACCUGAGUCGAGUGUUUCAAAGAAAAUCGUAGAAAUAAAUGAAUCCUUUAAACAGAGUAACAAAUAUCACAAUAAAUUUGAAUGCUUUUUUUUCAUUGUGAAUGAAUGUGUUUAAUUUGAGUGUUAUACAAAAGGUAUAAAUUAUAUACUCCGUCGAAUUAACAUUCGAUUCAUUGUUACUGUCGUGAUAUAAAAAAAAUAUCCUCUAAUGUAUGCAUGGUCAACGAAUAAAAGAAGGUGCUUCUUAAUAUAA